AUGUCUCCGAUAAUCUUAGAUACUGUCGGACCUCUUUCUUGUGGUUCUACAAGUACGCCGAUCGCUUUUCGAGCUGUCAACGCAAGGUACUCAUUCUCCUUAGACACCAAACGGCGUGAAGCCCAAGUAAAAGACGCCAUUCCACCGAACGCUCAAGACGUAGCGAACUGCAUCGUAACAGGAGACUCGGCGACUGAGUCUCCGAUUCAUCUCUGCCAUGUCUCCCAUGAGCGCCACUGGAGCAAUCACCAUAUGCUCAAUCUAUCGCGUCUCGAACGGGCGUGGGGCAUGAAAUAUGACACCAUCCAGAUGGAUGGAGAAUCCAACACGAUAUCGCGUGCGUAUUCUUCUCUGCGGUAUUUCCUUUCUCUGACACUGUGGGAUCGCUGGGUCAAGUUUGAUCCCCUGGACGGCCAUGUUCCAUCGAUUGAGGAUAUGUACGACGGUGCGGAGACUUUUGAGUACCGUCUGGUGCCGCUAUUCCCCGAUGUUCCUUCCAUCUCCCAUCGCAACAAAGCUGAAGAUGGUCCGGAAAGCGAUGAAUCCUCAGGCAACCCUGUACAUUCGUAUCCAUUUGACUAUCUGCCGCCCAUUUUCUCAAGAGUCAAAUCUCACUUCGUGGUAUACGAUGCUGGCAGGAAAAUCGACUCGAUUUCUCUUCAAACUUACAGGACUACUUCUGAUAUUGCUCGUAUCUAUGGAGUCUCUCAGGAAAAGGCUGAACGUGUGACGACAGUGGUGUAUGCAGCAUAUUGCACAUGGAGCAACCACGUCCACCCUGCGACGUUUGUGAUUUCACCUCGAAUAAUUGAUUCGAGGUCGCGCUCUAGUCUUAUUAGGCCCGGUCAACCAAAUUGUGCACCGCAAGCUGGCCGUCCGAAGAAGCGAUGCAGAGCGACUGGUGAAGUGAUCGACGCGGUGUACCUGCAGCCGAAUGUUGUUCGAUAUGCCACCUCCCUCUCGCGUGUCUCUCCAUGUGGAUCGGACGUCUUGAUUGUAGGGGAUCCUGGGUGGGAUACCGAAGUGGAUGCGGAAUAUGAGAAGAAACAGCUCCACCGCGUAAUCAAAGCCUCGAAACGGUGGGCUAGGGAGUGUCAUCGGGAGUCUCUGUCAUCGGGCGGGUGGGUGUCUUGUUUAACCCACGAUGAACAGUUGAAGAGCUAUCGUCAAGAGCCUUCUUGGCCGGUGCUUUCAACGAUGUAA